AUGCUGCGCUUCCUUUGGGAAAGCAUCUCCCUCCAGAUGCUCCUCGUCUUCCUCGUCAUCUUCCUGUUCGUCACCGACUACAUGAAGCACAGGAAGAUGAAGAACUUCCCCCCCAGCCCCUUCGCCCUCCCCUUUGUGGGGCACAUCUACCAACUGCUGAACUUCCACAAUCCCCAGAUCACAGUGCAGAAGCUUACUGAAAAAUAUGGGGACAUCUUCAGCUUCCAGAUGGGCAGCUUAUCGUUUGUGUUCGUAAACGGGCUGCGGAUGGCUAAGGAAGUUCUUGUCAACCAAGGGGAAAACUUCAUGGAUCGCCCUGAAAUUCCUAAUGACAUCUUCAGCAAUAAGGGACUGGUCUCCUCCAACGGGCACGUGUGGAAGCAGCAGAGGAGGUUCACCUUGACCACCCUCCGAAACUUCGGCUUGGGGAAGAGGGGCCUGGAGGAGCGCAUCCAGGAGGAGUGCCGAUGCCUCGUGGAUGCAUUUGGGGAUGAGCAGGGGAAUCCUUUCAACCCUCAGUUCAAAGUCACUAAUGCUGUUUCAAACAUCAUCUGCUCCGUGACUUUUGGCAAUCGGUUUGACUACCACGAUGAGGACUUCCAAAAACUGCUGCAGCUGAUGGACGAGAUGGUUGGCCUCACUGGGACCAUCAUGAGCCAGGUACAGCCCUCUUGCCACCACCAUGGACAGCAUGCAGCUAAAAACUUGAGGUUGUUGAAAAGUUUUGUGAAAGAGAAAAUCGACAAACACAAGGAGGACUGGAACCCCUCAGAGAGCCGGGACAUCAUUGACAGCUACUUGCAGGAGAUGGCCAAGGACAACGGGAGUGGAGCCUUCCAGGAGGAAAACAUCGUGUCGUGCGUACUCGACCUGCUGUUUGCUGGAACCGAGACCACUUCCACAACCAUCCGCUGGGCUCUGCUCUUUAUGGCCAUACAUCCAGAAAUUCAAGCCCACGUGCAAGCCGAGAUCGAUGCGGUCAUCGGGCAGGUGAGGCAGCCAGCCCUGGAGGACAGGAGCAACAUGCCCUACACCAACGCCGUCAUCCACGAAGUGCAGAGGAAAGGCAACAUCAUCCCUUUCAAUGUGCCAAGAAUGUCAACAAAGGACACGGUCUUGGAUAGCUUCCACAUACCAAAGGGUACUUUUAUUUCUGUAAAUCUGACCUCCGUGAUGUUUGACAAGGAUGAGUGGGAAACCCCUGACUCUUUCAACCCCGAGCAUUUCCUGAAGGACGGCCAGUUCUGGAAAAGGGAGUCUUUUAUGCCGUUUUCUAUAGGGAAGCGCGCCUGCCUGGGUGAGUUGCUGGCCCGCUCCGAGCUCUUCCUCUUCUUCACGUCUCUGCUCCAGAAAUUCACCUUCCAGGCACCCCCAGACACCACGCUCAGCCCCCAGGUCAAACUGGGCAUCACAAUGGCCCCGCAGCCCUACAAGAUCUGCGCCGUGCCUCGGUAG